GGGGGCAGCAGUGCACUAACCGUGUCUACUCUGCUGCACAAAAAGCAGGAAGCAGACAGAGCCCCGUGUGCGGUUAGCUCGGAGCUAAAGCUAAAAACACUUUGUUAAAAUGUCCAAAGGCCAAACGCUGAGAGCUUUGGUGAAUGAGCGGCUGACUGCGGCUGCUGAAGAGAUCUUUGCGCUGUUUGAAAGAACGAUAGCGGAGUAUGAGGAGGAACUGUGUCGCUCCAAAGAGGAGAACCAGAGGAACCAGGACACUCCACAGACUCCACGGAUUAAAGAGGAGCCAGAGGAGCAGAGCGUCAAACAGGAGGAAGACACGCUCCCAGCACAGCUUCCAAUGGGCGUGCCAGAGUCCAGUGCUGUCUGUGUGAAGACAGAAGAGUCCUCACUGCUUCAACAUAGACAAGCUGAGCACAGAGAGGAAACACAGGGACAGGACAUCAGCACAGAGCCACAUUUACACUCAGAGACUGAGGGACACAUGGAGCACUCCUCUGACACUGACAAUGAUGAAAACUGGAGAGCUCCAUUCAGUUGUUCAGCUGCACAGAUGGAGACAGAGGCUGAUGGAGACCACUGCAACCAAGUCCAGAAAGGCCAAACGCUGAGAGCUUUGGUGAAUGAGCGGCUGACUGCGGCUGCUGAAGAGAUCUUUGCGCUGUUUGAAAGAACGACAGCGGAGUAUGAGGAGGAACUGUGUCGCUCCAAAGAGGAGAACCAGAGGAACCAGGACACUCAGACUCCACGGAUUAAAGAGGAGCCAGAGGAGCUCAGCGUCAAACAGGAGGAAGACACGCUCCCAGCACAGCUCCCAGUGGACGUCCUAGAGUCCAGUGCUGUCUGUGUGAAGACAGAAGAGUCCUCACUGCUUCAUCAUAGACAAACUGAGCACAGAGAGGAAACACAGGGAGAGGACAUCAGCACAGAGCCACAUUUACACUCAGAGACUGAGGGACACACGGAGCACUCCUCUGACACUGACAAUGAUGAAGACUGGAGAGCUCCAUUCAGUUGUUCAGCUGCACAGAUGGUUUCAGCCCAAGGAGCUGAUAAGAAGAAACACCAGUGCUCUGUGUGUAAGAAGAGGUUUGGGACUAAGCAGAUUUUACAAAGACACAUUAGAAUUCACACAGGCGAGAGACCAUUCAGCUGUUCAAUUUGUAAGAAGACAUUUACUAUAAAGUGCACUCUAGAUAAACAUGUAAAGAUACAUGCUACUGAACGACCUUACAGCUGUUCAAUAUGUGAGAAAACAUUUGCCCUAAAGUGUAGUCUAGAUGCACAUUUAAAAAUACACGCAGGCGAUAAACCAUUCAGUUGCUCCACAUGUAAUAAGACAUUUACCAUAAAAGGUAAUCUAGAUAAACAUGUGAGAACACACACUGGAGAGAAACCAUUCAGCUGUUUAACCUGUGAGAAGACAUUUUCUCAAAAGCUCCAUCUACAUGAACAUGUAAAGACACACACUGGUGAACGACCUUACAGCUGUUCUACAUGUGAGAAGACAUUUGUCACAAAGUCUCAUCUACGUAAACAUGAGAGAACACACACUGGUGAACGACCUUACAGCUGCUCAAUAUGUGAGAAAACAUUCACCAUAAAGUGUAAUCUAGAUGUACAUAUGAGAGUACACACAGGAGAGAGACCAUUCAGGUGUUCAACAUGUGAGAAGACAUUUAUCACAAAAUCUAGUCUAUGUAAACAUGAGAGAACGCACACUGGUGAGAGACCUUACACGUGUUCCAUUUGUGAUAAAGGGUUUUCACAAAGCUCGACUUUGAAAACACACAUGCGAACUCACAGAACAGAAACUGAGACUGAAGGCUAAUUGGUUGUGUUCAUGAGAUGCCUACAAUUCUGUGCUGGAGUCUGCUGCUUCAUUAGGGCCCGAGCACGAAUGUUCGAGGAGGGCGAGUCUGUGACUCAUCCACCCCACACUUGCAGGUCUACAGUAUCUCCUGGUGCACAGAGAAAUGGUGUUUAAACAAGGUUAAAACAAUAGCUGUAUAGCUCCAAAGUUUGGCAAAUCCAAAGGUGAAAUUAUUCAAAUGAUUCUAGUGAAGUUUAAAACACAGUGGAGCAUUUCCACCUUGUGAUGUCAUUUCAUGGUAAUACAGGAACACAGUGUUUUCUGUGUGAGAGAAGAACUAAAAAAACUAAGAAAAAAAAGCCCAAAUUUAAGUAUCAUUGAAAUACUUUAUGCAUAAAACAGGUCCAUUCUGAUUUAGAAGAGGGAGAUAUUUUUUUAAGUUAUUGUCAUCCAUUUGGGUAAGUAACAUGUCUUUAUUUUGCAAUAAGAAAUUGUCACAGUCGUAUUGAUAUCGCUUCUUUUGUUUUGGUGCCACUGUUAUCACAAGAACUUGAGAGAAAUGGGGCCACAGGUAAACCCUCUCACAUGCUUUCAGAGUGAGAGACAUGCUUUCGGCAGCUAACAUCAGCUAGCUAACCAGCUGCAUGAGGUAUCUUCAUUAUACAUGUGUAGUUAUUGUAACUAGAUUCAUGUUCUAAUAUUGCUGUAUGAUGUGCACAGCUAUAAAUGCACAAUUGCACCUUUUACUUAAAGACCUUCAAAUGUAUUACUUUAUUUAUGAUUUUCUUUUAAGUAAACCAAGACUUUUAUACAAUUUUU